AUGGAACGUGUUUGCUUCAAAAAGCAAAUAAAGCUUGAUUUCAAAGCUGCAGAGGUGUAUCGUAGAAGUAGCAGAGAGACUGGAAAAGACACGACAAAUCACUCCAAGUUAGAUAUAUUGAGUUCAAGAAGACCCUCUGAACUGAACAGCAAGAAGUCGAUGCCCUUCGGACAUGCGCACAAAUAG